AUGAUUCAGCAACCAGUUGGCGUUAAGCUUGCCCUAUCGCAGAAGCAGGGCUUCCCGUCAAAUGUCGUUCAAGUGCUUCACACAAGGCCGGGUCCGAAUGGUCCGACGGUCUUUCAACAAAAGGGGCAGCAAUUUACCGCGGUUUCUGUCCAGCCGCUCCUAACCUCUCAGGCAGUGCAAAUUAACACGAAUACCGCUGCUCAAUACGCCAGAAAACCACAGGAAAUGACUCUUGUUGGCCCCAGCGGUGCAUUUAUGGCCAGCCCGAUAUCAACACAGGCUUUCGGUCAGGUGGUGAGCAUUGGACAAGCGAACGUGCCUGGCAUGCCUGGUCUAGCUCAGACUCUCAUCGGAGCUCCCGGUGUUGGCAUGGCGGCUCCCCCUGGUCCUAAUGCUCCCCCGGCAGUGAACAGCAUGGCCAAUUCCAGAAAGCCCUGCAACUGCACCAAAUCACACUGCCUCAAGCUUUACUGCGAGUGCUUCGCGCAAGGCCAACUCUGUCAAAAUUGCAACUGCAACAACUGUAUGAACAAUCUCGCGUACGAGGAGGAACGUGGACGAGCGAUCAAGAUGACGCUGGAGCGAAAUCCGACCGCUUUUCACCCCAAGAUCGGACGCGGUGAAGGCGAACGGAAGCACACUAAGGGCUGCAAUUGUAAGCGUAGUGGAUGCCUUAAGAAUUAUUGUGAGUGCUAUGAGGCAAAAAUCAGCUGUUCGGAUCUCUGUCGUUGCCUCGGGUGUCGAAAUACGGAGGACAGUAUCGAGCGGCGGUCACUAAUGCGUCUCGCCGCCAUGGGUUCUCUUAGAUCCCGCCAGCCCAAUGCCUUUAAGAAACAUUUGAUAAAACCGCCCGCUGAAAAACUCCCACACGUUUUCUUCACUUGGGAAACGAUUGAAGCCGCUGCCAGCUGCCUCUUAGCUCAGGCAGAAGAUGCUGAACGGCGCGAUCUUCCGCCAGCGUCGCAGGAAAGAAUCAUCCUGGAAGAAUUUGGACGGACACUUGAUCGCGUUGUUGAAGCCACGAGCAAGGCUCAGGUGCGAACUGGAAGCGCAGCGCUCGUGCCAUCGGGUUCUGGCCUCCCCGACGAUAUGACAAUCGGCUCGACUCGUAACCCUUUGAGCUCCGUCAGUCACCAGCUACAUCACCGUCCUCGUGGUCGUCAUGACGAUGAGGAUAUGGUUGAAGAUGACGAAGAUGAUGACUUCCAAGACGAUGGCGAUUCCAGCAGAGUUGGCACAUAUGGACCCGAUGCCGAUGCUGGAGGCGGACCAUUCGAAGAUGAGGAUGAUGACGAAGAUAUUGACUUACUUGAUCGACACAAUCAGCAUUACCACCAACGAAGGCGCUCCACGACCGUUGCAGGCAGUGAAGGCGCCUCAGUUAGCCCUGGGGACUCCGGGAGCGCCAAAAUGCCGCCAGUCAAAUUUAUUUCUCGAAGUGGUGCUAACCGCUCCUACAUCCCCAGGAAGGACUUCUUGUAA